AGAGGGGGUUUAAAUGUGAGGCCUGACCUGACCGUAUUUCAUCUGCAAAGGGAUGUGGAAAUAUUACCUGUCCAGGUGUUUGAGCUCAAGCCCCCAGGUGUUUUAGCGUAACCCCCACGUGAAUUGAGCUUCAAAUACUGGAAACCUACUAUUCAGUUCACUUUAAGCAUCGGCCACGGAAUCAGAGCAGAGGGAACAGCCUGCGCAAUACGCAGUAAAUGAAGCGUGACACUGAGACCUCACCUUCGAUCGUCUCGCUUAAGAACAUUGAGAACAAAUCGGAGGGGGAACUUCGGCGUGAUAUUGGCGAGCGAGGAACCGUGACUUAUGUUAAGAGUUACCGAGAGCUCACUCACUUAUCUCCCUGGAGACCAGUAGACCCACAGGCACGGAUAAUCACAUACUAGCUACCUCCAAAUUAACAAAUCCUCACAGGCGGUAUACAGUAUCGAACAAGGUAUGCUGUGGGGACCCGGCACGUGGCUCGUUGGCGUGGCUCGGGAGGAGCGGUGACCACGCCUUCGCCUUCACAAGAUGGUGCGCCCAAACGCCCACCAUCACCUCCGCCUCCACCGCCCAGGCGCCCAUGCCGCCAGUGCUGGCCACACCACCACGCCGCCCGACGCGGGAAUCGAGCUUGAGCCGCUGGUGGAGGACGAGAGGAGCCCUGCGGAGGCGGCGCUGAGGCCGGAGCGCCGCUACCAGGUCGGGCGGGACACGCGGGCGGGCAGGUGCGCGCUCCCCCACGUGGGCCUGUUCAUGGCGGUGCUCUCGUCCCUCUUCUUCUCGCUCUGCUCGCUCAUCGUCAAGGUGCUGGCAGACGUGAGUCCCAUGGAGCUGGCCGUUUUCCGCUUCGUGGGGAUUCUGCUCCCGACGCUUCCCUUGCUGAUCCGUCGAGGGGACCCGCCUUUCCCUCGAGGCCGCCGCUUAAUGCUUAUGCUUCGAGGCCUGGUUGGAGCGACGUCGUUGAUGCUCCAGUUCUACGCCUUCAGACACAUGCCUCUCGCCGACGCGUCCGUCAUCGUGUUCAGCGUGCCAGUGUUCGUGGCCGUGUUCGCGCGAGUGUUCCUCGGCGAGCCCUGUGGACUGUUCCAUGGCGUGGUCAUACUGCUCACUCUCGCCGGCGUCAUACUCAUUGCUCGGCCGCCGCUGCUCUUUGGCUCGCUCUCGGAUGCUUACACAACGGAGAACUGGUGGGGCGCGGCGGCUGCCAUAAGUGGCACAGUGGUAGCCGCCAACGUCUACGUGAUACUGCGAGUCUUGAAGGGCCUGCACUUCUCUGUGAUCAUGACCAACUUCGCUCUGGUGGCCCUGGUACUCACGCCCCUCGUGUCGUGGUUCAUCGGCGACGGGUGCGUACCGCGCUGCGGGAACGAGCGCUAUCUCAUCCUCGCCAUCGGGAUUUUCAGCUUCGGUGGUCAGAUCCUGCUGACGAAGGCGCUGCAGUUGGAGCAGGCCGGCCCGGUGUCCAUCGCGCGGACAGCCGAUGUGGUUUUUGCGUUUAUUUGGCAAGCGAUCUUCUUCCAGGAAUUCCCGGACUCCCUGAGUCUGAUGGGAGCCUUGCUGGUGACAUCCUGCGUGUUUCUGACGGGAUUGAGGAAAUGGGUCAUCUCCCUUCCUGAGACAUCGAGUGCGCGACGGAGACUGCGCUGCCUCAUGUGCUGACUCCGGCUCUUCAGAAGCCGUGAGUGGAGCAGCACCACAAGCUGCCAUGGCCAAGACUGCGUGGCCUUCCACACUGGUAUGGCUGAGAACCUGUGCGGCACUAAAGACUGGUAUGAUUGAAAUUGCGUGGCUCUUCAGUACAGAUUGAUAUGGCUAAAACCAUAUAUUGCUAAGGAAGGGAAUUUUUGAGACACUGUGUCCCUAUAUGUAUAGAUUGGCAUGACUGAGAUUGUGUGGCCUUACAGUCUGCCAUUGCUCAGACUGUGUAAUUCUACAGACUGGCACUGGAAAUUGUGUGGCCCCAAUCUGCCAUGGUUGAGACUGUGUAGAGGUGCAGAAUGGCUUUGUGGAUCCAGUGUGACCCAAAAGACUGCUAUGGUUGAGACUAUGGUUCAACAGACUGACACCACUGAGAUUAUGUGGUCCAGUUAAUUGCCAUAGAUGAAACUGUGUGGCCCUCCAGUUUUGAUUGUUAAGGUUUUUUGACAUUGGCAAUUCUUAAAACUUUAAAUCUUACUUGGGGUUUUCUUCUAUUGUGAGGAGUAUGACCUGCUUCUCAGGUGACAUUGAAUAGUUUACUGUAGGUAAGAAAGUUGGUAAUAAUUCUCUUUUCACAAAGAAAUUACAUAAAUUUCUUGAACAGGUAUUGCCUAACCCAUAUGAAAGUCAGGAAUUAAAUGGGAAAUACAAAUAAAUAUCUGCAAUCAUAGCAGAAAAAGAUAUUUAGAUAUAUUAAACAAACAUAAAAGUAAUACGUAACUGAAAGGAUUAUGGGUUGUUAUUUACCUGUGAACAUUAUAACUACUAGUUUCACCUUAGUCUUACCAUGAUGACACAUCCCUAUGGGCCUGUGUCAUAAACUCUGUUGAUUGCAAUACAGGCAUAGCUUUGCAGCACUGGACCUUAAAGGAUUAUCCUUAAUAAGGACUUAUCUAGCAGCAGUACUUUUAAUUUUACCCCAUUUUAACAAGUGUUUAAAAGAUUCUAGUUUGUUCUUGUGUAUAUUUUGUUUUAUUUCUUGUUUCUGUACUCGUAUUAUGAGAGUCCUUUUUCAACAUCCUUCUGAUAAGCACAAUAAGCUUUUUUAAUUUUGAUUUAUGAAUUAUCCUCUGUUUUAUGUAUUACUUAUAGUUUGAUUAUUAUUUGCUAACUCUCUUUUUUUUUCUGUGUGAAUAUCUUUCACGUCUUUCAACCAGCUACAACUUUCUACCUCAUUUCUCUUUGUGAAUAAAUAAAUAAUUCAAGUAAACAAUCACAUAAUCAUGCAUGCACACAGACACACACAUACUGGUAACAUACACACAUAUAACGACAAAUAAUCUCUCUCUCUCUCUCUCUCUCUC